AUGACUACCUACGCUAUUCAGGUUUCUGGCCUUUCACCGUCCACAACGGAGACACAGCUCUCGGAGUUCUUCUCCUUCUGUGGGAAGAUAUCCUCGAUUGACCAUUCCCCAUCGACACAAUCCGCUACAAUUCACUUUGAGAAACCCUCUGCUGCCAAGACGGCACUGAUGCUAAACGGUGGCAAUCUCGAUGGCGCUAACCUCACCGUGAUCAGCGAGAAAGAACACCCAGACGAGGUACCCUCAUCCCCGCACCACGAUGGGGGCUUUGAUCAGAGCGACAAGCCGCGAGCGGGAAUCGCAGCAGAGUAUCUUGCUCGCGGCUACGUCCUAUCCGACCACGUCCUGCAACAUGCUAUUGAAUUAGACAAGAAGCAUGGCAUCUCGUCGCGUUUUCUCAACUAUAUGCAGUCUCUCGACACCACGCUCGGCGAGAAGGCGCUCGGACCCCAAAAGACACUCUCAAGCAAAGUGCAAGAGACGCUGGCGACCGCAACACAGCAAGCGCGGACAAUCGACGCCCAGAAGGGGUACAGUAAGCAGGCGACUGAUUAUUAUUCUCGCGCGGUUGUCUCGCCGUGGGGUCAGAAAGUGAUGAGUUUCUACACGACGACGUCGAAGCAGGCUUUAGAUAUUCAUGAAGAGGCUAGGCGGAUUGCUACGGUGCACAAGCAGCAUAGGGCUGCGGAUUCUGUGAAUACUGACUCGUCGACUGGCGUUGGCAGUGCGGCUCCUCCAUUGGAUGCUCAGGUUUACACCGAAGCCGCACCGGGUCCCGAAGAUAAAGCAUGA